UAUUUUUGAUAAUACCUUUGUUCAGUUGAGUGAAGUAUCAUGGGCUAGUACUAUAAGAAGUCGAUCAAAAUGAACGAAAGUCGAGAGCGAAUUCGUCGCGAGAGAGAGAGGGAGAAGAAUACAUAUACCUCUCCCCGGCUGGCGUUGCGGCGGGUGCUGCUGCUGGCGGAAGGCCGGCAGUUCCGCGAGGCGGCGACCAUCGUGUCCAGGCUCGGUCCCGGUGUCCUGCAGAGCGUAGCUGCCGACUUACCUGUAGACCUGCUCGUGGAGGCUUUGCCGCAUUCCGCUCAUCUCAUUGAAACUUUGUUAAAUAGGUUAAUCUCCUUAGAAGUCCAGCCCCGUCCGGAACUGCAGUGCGAGGCGGUGGCGUGGCGGCUAGUCGGUCUACUGGGAGUAGACCAGAGCUCCGGCCUGCGCGCGCGCACCGCCAAGCUAGCUAAUGCCCUGGCACAGUAUACGCCGGACGCGAGAGACACUGUUGAUGCUAGACGACGACAACUAGAUGCCGCUGUACAAGGACUGGGUACGCACGGCCUGACGGCGGACUCCUCGGGUGCACUCAUCUCGCUGCAUAUCGCAAUGAAGAACGAGCUGCAGCGGCAUGUCGACGUCUACAAGCAGGCCCUGCACAAGCUGGAGGAACUGUCACCAGUUACCCUACACAGCGACCCUGCCUCAUCGUCGCAUCAGCGUCUGCUGUCUCUGUCACACGCGGAUGUGGAGCGGCGGCUUAUCGACAACAAGUCGCUGCUGACUGCGGUGGACAAGCCUGCGCUGCGACAGCUGCCCACACUGGUAUCACAGCUGGCCGCGCGCGUCGAGAGUGACAAGGCCGUGCUUGCAUGUGUCGGACAGAUCAAACGGACAGACCCCACGCUGGAUCUCAGUGACACGAGGCCGGUUGCUGGAGUACUGAUGAGUUACUCUCGUGGCUGCGCGGCCGUGUUAGGCCUGAUGUCGGAGGAGAGCCCGGAGCAAGCCGCCCCGCGCUCGCACGCGGACUCCGCCAGCGACGGAUACCAUUCUGACAGUGAUGACUCGCAGCAGCAGCCUGAUAGGAGUGCGCUGGUGUCGCAGUACGCGGCGGUGUGGGCGAUGGCAGCGGAAGAAGUGCUGCCCGCGUUGGCUGCGCUUGAACCGCUGCAGGCUACGCCCCAUCUCAAGUACAAGAUCGUCUUCUCUGUCGUUGUCCUAUCAUUCCGCGCAGUGAUCAGUCUUCGUGACAAGCGUCUCUCGGAGGCCAAGGCGCUGCUGGGCGCGGACGGGGCCAGCUCCCCGGCGGUCGCGAGCUUUGUCGCCGCCGCCACCCGGCUGAUGCGCAGCACUGCGCACACCUUCCCGCUCGGGGAAGCAGAGAGGACUGUCAUUAACCAGGUGGUGAGCACGCUACGAGAGUACCCGUGCCUGCAGUCGUGCGGCGCGCUGCACGCGCUGGCGGCCGCGUGCUGCCGCGCCGCCUGGCCGCUCUGUCUGCACGCACCGCCGCUGCGCAUCGACACUGACUUCACACCAGUGGUAAUGAACUUGGAGCGUCACGUGCGGCUGAGCAUCAGCUCGCAGCGCUCAGACCUCAUCAAGUCAUUCGUGUGGCCCGCCCUCAUGGACGGCAACCGCUGCGUCUUCCGCGCUGUCGUACUCACCUGACAUUCUAACGUACUCACCUAACUUGCUGUCUUCUUUUCCUGACAUUGUGUCAUCGCCACCUGAAUUGAUGUCGUUGAGAUAUGAUUUUGUUGUCGUUCUCUCUUUACAUGGUGUUGAGUUCACUUGAUUAUUGGUUUCAACCUUAACUGACAUAGUCGUUGUCGCCUGACACUUUUUCAUCCACUCAUUCCUACAUCCUUGUUUUUUCGACUUGUGUAAUAUAUCUGGAUUACUAUUUAAAUUGCUACUAAUGUGACUACAACUAGCAAGUUUAAUUUUUACAACCCAUACAGACACUAAAUAACGUACAAAACAUAAGAAUGAUAGAAGAAUGAAAAUGUUUGUUGGACGUAGACAAUAAUAGAGAACAAGUUGUGCUACAUUUAAGCACAAACCCACCUUUUUGUACAAAAUAACUUUGUAACUUUUACGAACACAAACCUUAGUCUUAAAUGGAAUUAAUUAAAACUAUACUUUAUCAAAUGAUUAAGUAAAGUUUCAUUUGCGUAUUUUACUGAAAUAUAGACUUUUACAAAAAUUUACGAGAAUUAUAAUGACGGUCGUAAUAAUUCGCAAUAGGUGCUUAAAUGAGUUGUCGUUAGGAAAAUAAUGGUUAUAAGUUAGAACCGAUUUAUUGAAAUUGUUUUAUAUUUUAAAAACUAAAGGGGAUACAUUCAGAUAUGACG